UUGGCGAACUCUCCGCGUCCGGUGACCAGGGAAGCUGACGACGGGGCCUCCAGCGAGGAGGCCAUGUAGACAGCCCGGGCCGAGUAUUCCACCGAUGGCCGCGGCGGCGUCGGGCCAUCUCUGGGUCCCUUGACGGGGGCUCGCCGAGGAUGCACCGGCGGACUUCGUCUCGACCCUCUCCGAGUGCCCUCCUCCUCUCACUGCUCAUCAUGGCCGUCGCCGGAGGCACGCCGCAUGGCGGCAGCUGCCCGUCGGCCUGCAGCUGCAAGUGGAGCGGCGGCAAGCGCACCGCCGAGUGCGCCGGCCUGUCGGGCAGCGUGCCGCAGCACCUGCCGGGCGACACGCAAGUGCUCAACCUGACGGGCAACGUCCUCAAGACGCUGCCGGGAGGCCACUUCCAGCAGGCGCGCCUGGUGCACCUGCAGCGCAUCUACCUGUCGCGCUGCGGCAUCGUGCUCAUGGCGGACGACGCCUUCCGGGGCCUCAACAAUCUCGUCGAGCUCGACCUGAGCCACAACUUCCUCACGGCCGUUCCCAAGCUGGCGCCCUACUGCCCGCUCCUGCGACGACUGCAGCUCAGCGCCAACCCCAUCCAGAGGCUGGGUGACCACAGCUUCCGAGGGCUGCAUAGUCUCGUCUCGCUCGAGCUCAGUCAGUGUCAGCUCGCCUGGCUCGAAACGAGUGUCUUCGCUGAUCUCCACUCACUAGAGGUACUUCGACUCGACGGCAACCGGUUGCGCUCCCUGCCUCCGGACGGCCUCACACUGCCGCCUCUGCACUCGCUAGAUUUGAGCGACAAUCCGUGGCACUGCGACUGCAACUUGCGCAACCUUCGGCAGUGGAUGCACCAGCGCAACGUGCCGCUCUCGGUGCCGCCUCGCUGCGAAGGGCCACCCAGGCUUGCCCGGCGCCUCUGGAGCCAGCUGGAACCGGACGACUUCGCCUGUACGCCUCGAGUGGCGGCCAGCGAGCUGCGCGUGGGCGCCGUCGAAGGCGAGAACGCCACGCUGCAGUGCGACAUCAACUCCCUGCCGGCCGCCAACGUCAGGUGGCUCUGGAGGAGCCGCGUCAUCGUCAACCUGUCGCUCAUAUCUUUCGGGCGCCAGAUGUACUUGCUGCGGGCCAGCCAAAAUGGCCGCCGCCAGCAGACGAGCACCCUCACCAUCAUCAACGUGAUGCUCAAGGACAGCGGACGCUACGUGUGCGCCGCGGGAAACCGCGCCGGCAACCAGACCGCCAACGUGACGCUCAUAGUGCGACCGCGUUCGGCCGACCUCGCAGCGUUGUCGGCGCCCGAGAUAGUCGGCAUCGUGCUAGGCCUACUCCUGCUCCUCGCCCUAGUCGCCGCCUCGGCGUGCCUGCUGGCUGUGCGCAGGCCCGUGAGCAGGGGGCCUCGGGCCGCCAAGGAGACGCAGAUGCGGCUCGAGUCUCUCCUGCUCGAGUCCAAGCAGCGGUCCUCGGACGCCGGGAGCCUGCAGGCCAACUCCGAGGAGCAGUCCGGGAGUCCGGCUCCCCUGCUCAACUCCAACAAGAAGCAGUCGACGGCCAAGUCGGGCAUCGUGGCGGCCGUGUUGCGUGGCGAGUAUAGGACCCUGCGCGCGUGCCGCGGCGCGAACAAGGAGGAAGAACAAGGUGGCGCUAGCGACGUGGUGACUGACGCGCUGCGCGUGUCCGCCGGUGCGCCGAGGCACGAACAGGUGUGCGCGACCAGGAAGCGGCCCCCGGCGAUCGUGGCCAAUCCGCUGUCUCCCGGCGCGAGGGAUUCGCCGGACGAGGGGCUCGGCGAUGAGCGAGAGUACGAGACGGACAUCCUUGACUGACCUCUCGGAGACGUCCCGAUCAAACGAUGCCUGCCCAACGAUCCCCUGGAUCACCGUUGCUCAUCACCAUCGCGAAUGGCCAUCAAGACAUUAUACAGUGAGGCGAAAAACAAAACACCACGUAAAGGAUCGCCACUGGUUUCAGUUCAACGCCUAUUAAUAGCAUCGAGAGGACAGCAUAACACCAAAAGUUAUGGCAUCCAGGGGCACGGUUUGCUUGCUGCGAUCAGAUCCGAAUGCGCCAAGAUGUCGGCCUAUUAAUAGACGAGGACGCGAAUGUAAGACCUCCCGAACGAACGACGCAAAAGCGCGGUACAGAUACGAAUGUGAGGUAUAUUUUACGUGAUAAAAAGUAUUGCGGGAGUACCUCGUAGCAAAGACCAGGUUUUGUAAAGUAAAUAUGUAAGAGAGAUUUACGAAAGUUGAUGUUAGUAUGAGAAUACUUGGUUUUUUUUUUUUUUUUGAGAGCACAUAACAACGCGGGUGCCAGGCUUUACUUUUGUAGUGAUAUUUUUUGCAUGAAGUGGGCAUUAUUGGUAGAACGGCAUUCGUUAUUCUCCCUUUAGCAAGUACUAUAAACGUUGCAGAUUGCGUUUUAUGAACUAAAAACAAAAUAAACAGGCUGUCCUUGAAUUGAUCGCAAGUAGCUACGAUCUGACGAGAAAUAACUUGGAUAACUGUAAAGUUAUACAACUCUUUAAAACAGCCAAGAAAUCUGUCGUUAGCUAAUAAAAUAAAUGCAUGCCAACUGGGAAGACACUGCACUUAUAAUAUAUAAAAAAACUAUUGGCCAAAUUGUUAACGUUGGUGAUAUGCAGAACUAAGAAAAAAAAUCGGACUGACAAUACUCAUCGCAAAGAAAUUAUAGCAAUUGCAACAUGGUACGCUAAGAGAUGACAAAGUUUACUUGUUUUCAUGAGACUGUGCUAGUUUUUUAACGGAAAGCAGAUGCAAUAGAGUUUUAAAGUGUGGCAGCUUGGGCUAGUUGGUAUGGCAUGACGAUAGUUAUAGCGCGAGAACAAAACGACGACACAGAGACAAGAAGGACACGAAAGACACAGUUUUAAAGCCGCGAAUAUUACGGCGGUCACUCAAUUGUCCUUACUUAAUAUCCAUUGAGUUCGGAAAUGAAUGGAGUGCGGGACAGGAGAAGACGACAGCCAUAAUAAAUGUACACGCGUCAAAAACAAAAAAAAAAGGGGGGGGGGGGCAGUGAGACUGAAAAGCGAAACAAGCCCACAUCAGGUCUGAACCUCAUUGAAAGUCUUUUAGUUAGGUUAGUGUUCAUACUUCGCAAGAUACAUGUUUGCAGCAAUACUGAGGAACCCCGACAUUUCAAGCCUUCUCCGGGCCAUGGCACCCGCAGUUCCACUGAUCUCAACUACAACAAUGAUUUUCCCCCGA